CGCAAACGCGGCAUCCCCGUGUUGGCCUACCCUACGUGCGAUACUGCAUCGCCGGUAUCAUUGUCCCUAUUCUUCAAGUGCAACGAGUCCCGUGCGCAGGCCACCCUUUGCUUGCAGUCUUCACUCUUCAUUCACGGCUUCGACGACGCGCAGACCUUCAUUCUGCAGUAUGACGCCAAUAACCUCAUUCCCGGUGUCAUCUCCCUUGGGCCAGCAAAUAUUUCCCUCCCCCAGGCGCGAUUAGACGAGAUUGCACGCCAUGGCAGCCCGCAGAUACGUACGCUGUCUUUGGCGCUGAGGGAGGUGUGUCCCGUCUGGUGCUCACCUUCAUCUGGACCCUUGACGCCCCGGCCUGGCCACGAGACUGCCUUGUACCAACUCGCAAAGCUCGCCCAAGCCGCAGAGCUUCACAUCUUGUUCGACUACAGCUGGCUGCGGCGCGAAACCCACGCCAUCUUCCAGCGGCUCAUUGAUCAUCCGGAGCAGCUCUCUAGCUUCCCGGUCAGGUACCACACAGGACAAUACAGGCGCGCGGAUUGGACGGUGUUCCGGCCUCUCUCAGACGUAGACCCGCCGCCUGCAUAUGCCGAGAGCAGCAAACGUCCCAGACAGGUCUCGACUCCAACGUCCUCCUCCUAUCCGCAGAAACGCAUCCUCCUCUCACCGUACAUACCCACAAGUCCAACUGAGAAGGACAGCAUAGCAACACCGAACGCAAAGCUUGGAAACACCCACGACAAAGAUGGCUCCCAAGACUACCUCCCCGCUGCGUCUGCGGCAGACCUCCAGUACAUUGUCGAGAAAACAGUCGAGAGUAUACUACCAAGCAUGCUCGAUUCGCUCCUUCCCACUCUCCUUCCACGUAUCACGCUCAGCCAAGACGUAGCGCGCAGAAUUGAGGGCGAGCUGGGCAGUAUAUAUGCGCAUACGCUGAGUCAUGCGAACUACCUUCGGAACACAGCGGAUGCGGAGCUCUUCGAUGCCGUUACGGAAUUGGAACGUGCCGCCGACUCGAAGCUCGAAGAGUUUAGGGAGGAGUGUGAUGGCGUAGUUGAGGAUGUGCGGGAACGCGUGGCGCAGAAGGGGUAUGAGGUGUGUGAUGAUGUGAGGGAGUCUUUAGACAUCUUCAAAUGCGAGGAGAAGGUAAGCUUGGAGCGGGAAAGGGAG